GAGAAACGCCACCUCAGUGCUCAGUGUGACACCACGUGAGGACCAUGUCCUCGGACGAAGAUCGCUGCUCUUCAGCUGGAGCUGGAGCUCCCAGCCAGCAUCGGACUCAAAGGACGUCGUUCUGCAUAGAGGCACUUCUGGCGCCUGAGAGCACUAGUCCCACGCCGGCUUCCAGACCCGCCGCGCAAUUCCUAGUUCCCGCGGGAUGCUCGCUGCUGCCUCCGGCCUCCGCCUUUCAGCCGCCUCCAAAGCAUCAGAUGCACCUCCAGCAUCCUCAACAUGUUCACCAGAUGCAUCUCGACUGGCUGGCUAGAGCCGGCAUGUUUUAUGCUUCUCCUAGACUUCACGAUCUUGCCGGACCGCACCAUGCACUGUUGGGCAAAACGAGAAGGCCGCGAACGGCAUUCACCUCUCAACAGUUGUUGGAGCUCGAAAAGCAGUUCAGGCAGAACAAGUACCUCUCGCGACCAAAACGCUUUGAAGUCGCUACCAGUCUCAUGCUAACCGAAACACAGGUGAAGAUUUGGUUCCAGAAUCGACGUAUGAAGUGGAAAAGAAGUAAGAAGGCGCAACAAGAAGCAAAAGCAGGUGCACCGAAAGAAGAAAGGGAUAGAGCACCAGCAAGCAGGCACCAUGAAGCAGAGACACUUUACAGGCCCUACGUGGCUUAGCCGAUGCAAAUGCCUCUCAUCACUGAUCACUGAUCACCAAUCACUAAUCGCUAGCACUGAUCACUGAUCAUGUCAAGUGUUCCGUACAACACAACAUUCAAACCAAUGCUCGUUCGACAAAAACAAAAAACAAUCUCUGAAUAAAAAUUGAUCUCUGAUCACUGAUCACUAAUCACUGAUCAAUGAUCAAUGAUCACUGAUCACUGAUCAAUUAUCAAUGAUCACUGAUCAAUGAUCACUGAUCACUGAUCGUGUCAAGUGUUACGUACAACACAACGUUUAAACCAACACUCGUUCGACAUAAACAAAAACCCAAUCUUCGAAUCAAAAUCCUACGAGUUCUGGAAUUUCAACGUAAUCCAGAAACCCAGCAGAAGAUUGGAAUUGGAGAUCGUAUACUAAGUUAAUCUACUAUUUACUAUAAAUAGGAAUAUCGUUCGUUACUUGAUCAAAUUUUAUUUCUAUUGAUACUGAAACACGUAACUCUAUCAGUGUGCUUAGGAAAACAAUCGUUUAUUAGUUCUAGAUCACAUAUUUGGAAAGAACAGGAUUUCCCCUAUUGUGAAGUGAUAAUAUUAAUUUAUGUGUCGUUAGUGAAUCAACUUUUCGUGCGUUAUUUACGAUUUUGUUACUGUCAGGUACUAGGACCUGGGGCCAGUUGCAGGGAGAUUGGAAAAAAAUUUCCAUUGAAAAAUAUACUCUGGAACGCUCAUAAGUUUUUGCUGCAGCACUCAAAUUCAAGUGACAAAAAAACAAACUAUUUUACAUUAUAGCUUCGUAUCAGACUGCAGAUACCUGAAACAAUGCUUUUAAUCCCACAAUUGUUAGCUUUUAUAAAUAUCAUAUCUUUAAAUUAAGAAAGCUUUCUUGACCUAUAUGGUCUUUUGUUGGUGAAAUUUUGAUAAAUAUCGGGCUCAGGAACUUUGAUAAGCUCAUACUAAUUUGAGUGUUCAGUUUUCUAGUUUUUCGAAAUUUAAUUUAAACGCAACUUGGACAAUGACUACGACUACGCCCCGUUUCGGAAAGCCAAUUUUCUGAAUCCAGCUGUAUAAAGUCUAGAACUUAGCUAAAUCCCGAGCUCAGAAGCCAGCCCAUAAUAUCACUCAUUUUUCAAUACUUUAGCUUUAUCUAAUUUCGUCUAAUACCAAAGAGCAGACUGUUCAAUCAACUAAUCAAAACUUAGUUAUAAUCCACUAGUCAGAAUUGAGAAUCGAUUUUGUUCCACGUUGCUCUUUCAGAAUAUGAUGAUCACAUCAAGAUAUGGAUGUAUGUUUUUUGAAGCUGCUUUCUAUGUAUAAGUUUUGCUUGAGAAAAAAAUCAGGUAGAGACAUAAAAUACACUAAUUUUAACUCAUUGGGUAGGAAACAGGGUUUUGUCAAUAUUUGAUCUGUAAAAAUGUGUUAAAUUUCGAAAGGAGUUUGUGUAUUGUUUGUUCAACAACUAUUUAAUGGCUCGAAUCACAUAGGUUUACUAAUGUAUAUUAUUACAAGUGUUUUCUAAUGUGUUUAUGUAAACAAUUGUACAGAUGUAAAUAGAUGUGUGACUGUGACUUCGGAUAUGAAUGGAUUUAAUGGAAUCUGAAUGUAAUUAAUAGGUUAUAUAGUAUAAGAAUGUUUCUUAAAGGAUUUUAAUAUUUGAAGCAAGCUUUUAUGUGCUUCAAUAACGUUCAUAAACAAUCAUUAUUGUAAGAUGUUGGAAAUUGUAAAGCCUCAAUUUGACUUACAGUUCUUGAUAUUAUAUGAUAAACAGACUAGAGUGUCAGCAGGAAAAUUCACCUUUCUAAUUUUUAUAGUACCUAUCCAAACCAAUACAAAAGAGAAUAGUAUGAGUAAAAUUGCUAAAAUAAGUUUUUGAACAAUGUAGCAGGUCUGCUCCAUUACCACAGUCAAGGUUCCACUACUUUCAGCACCAUCAUUUGAGAUCUAGUUUAGAAAUAUUAUUGGUCAGUUAUCCUAAUACUGAUGACAUACUGGGUUGUACAAAAAAUAAGAAAAAUACAGUAUUUUCU